UUUUUUUUUUUGGUUUCUCUCUUCCUUGACCUCUCUCUUCCAUAAUCUUGCUCUGUGAUUUUUAGGGUUUUCCGCGCUGGAAUCUUUGUUAAUUUAAGGUUCUAUUUAUCUGGAAUUGGAGGCAGGGUCGGAAAUAAAAGGGGUAAAAGUUGUUGCUGUUGAGGAAGAAAGCAAAAAUCUUGGAGGAACAGGUGGAAAUAAUGGGGAAAGUGUUUCGGGAGGAGAGGCCAACGGAAGCAUCUAAACAUAGAAGGAGAUUGAAGAGUUCAAAUAAGUAUCUGAAACCUGGUGCUCUUGCUCGGUAUGGUAAAGCUGCGGAGGCCAAGUUGUGUACUGAUCUUGGAAAGAAGAGGGUGGCGGUUGUGGGUGCAAAGAAGGCUGCCGACAACAGGGGUUUUCUGUCUGACAAUAAACGAAAUGAAAAAAGUCCUUUGAUGUUGUCACCAGUGGAUUUGCUUAAACAGAAUAGUUUUGAGAGAACGCCGAAGACUCCUCGAUCUGAUGGCUCUGAAUCAGAGUCUCGGCUGGAGUCUCUCCCCAUGGAUUUGUUGGUGAAAAUACUUUGUCACUCACACCAUGAUCAACUGAGAGCUGUUUUUCAUGUUUCUCAGAAGAUACGAAAGGCUGUUUGCAUUGCGAGGCAAUUUCACUUUAAUUACACGACCCCUGAUCGCCCUAGACAGGAGAUGCUUAGAUUAAAGACACCGCAGCCAACAGAUCACUGGCCUUUUGCAAGCAAGGGUGAUGGCAAUGGUAUAUUCAUUUCUAGCCCACAUACUCCUAAAGCUCCAAGGCACGGUCCAAGGCCACCUUCUCGUCUUAAGGCCACUGAGUUGAGACAAGUUUCUGCUAAGCUCUUCCAAGAUUCUGCUUUCCAAUCUAGGUGCAUGGUACCUUCUGUUCUCUCAAAGCCCUUAUGCAAAGCUGUUCCUUCCAAUCGUGUGCUAUUCUGUGAGGAUGAGUUAUGCCAGGCUGUUGCUGAGAAUAAGCUUCUCUGAUUUAUUUUCUUAUUGUUUAUCCUAUCCCUCGUACUCAUGUGUAUAGCUCAUUUCUUGUCAUUAUAGGUGAUUGUAGUUAGGAGGUAUGCAAUUUUGUAGCUUUGGCUUUGCAAUGGCAGAGUUAUAUGACGUAGAA